CUACAACUAUUGUCCGAGAUGGAAGUAAUAUUUUGGGGCUUAGCUCUCGAACACUUAAUCCUCAUCGGAUCAUCUUUGGGAUUGAAUCUUAUCCUGAUCAUUGCCUGCUUCUGUUUAUGUUGUCGGAUUCGACGUCGAAAGAAGAAUACGCUAUCGGAGAAGGUAUAUAUGGACAUGACGAACAUGAAUGAUAACGACCUCGGCCACGACUACGAAAUGGCCGUCAUACCAAGCCGUGCGACAUCUCUCAGCGUCGGUAGCGACUGUGAGGACCAAACUGAAACCGUGACUGACGGCAUCACCGUUGCUCCAAGCAAACCAGUUCGAGGUAAUGACAAAGGAAGCGAAUAUGAAUCCGGUGAUGAUUACGAGUAUGCCGAGCCACACGCUAUCCCUGCGAGACAGAUGGAGGUGGUCGAUGACGGCAAGCAACGACAUACGAAAGACGAAAAACGGAGAAGUGUUCCAUUACGUUACAUAAUACAUGCAUUCCACCAAGGGAGACAGAGUUUAAGACCUGUGUAUGUAAACACAGUUGAUUAUAGAUCCUAGCCGUAUCAAACCUGUCA